CUGAACAUAGCAUAACGUCACUAUUGUGCGCCAGCGCUGAACAUGGCGAGCGGUAAAAAGAAUGCUAUUCUCACUUCACUAGCGGCUUAUGGAGAUGAUUCAGAGCAGGAUUCAGAUCCAGACACAGAUGAUCAAGAAUCUCAUGGUGGAUUGGUGUGGGCUGGUUACGGAGAGGAAGAUGUGAGUCGUGUGGAGGAGGCAGAUGAGAAGCCCUCGGAGAAUGAGGACAGUGAUGAUGACAGCACUAGAAAUUCGGAAGAGGAGGAGUCAGACUCAGGGCGGACCCAAGAUGAUGUGAAGGAUGUCACAGAAGUGGAGGUUAAAGACCCCAAUGAGCUUGUUGCACAGUUUUCGGAGAAGGUUCGAAAUAUGUCUCCAGAUGAGAUCAGAAUUCCUCCUGAACCUCCUGGGCGUUGUUCCAGUCAUCUGCAGGAAAAGAUCUUUAAACUUUACGAGCGGAAGCUUCACGGAGACUUUGAUACAAACAGCCAUAUUCAAAAGAAGAAAGAGUUUCGCAAUCCAAGUAUUUAUGAGAAGCUUAUCCAGUUCUGUGGUAUUGACGAACUUGGAACCAAUUAUCCAAAAGACAUGUUUGAUCCCCAUGGCUGGUCAGAGGAUUCAUAUUAUGAGGCACUAGCCAAAGCUCAGAAAGUGGAGAUGGACAAGCUGGAAAAAGCUAAAAAGGAAAAGACCAAGAUUGAAUUUGUGACGGCCACCAAAAAAGGUACCACUACUAAUGCAGCGGCUUUGGCCACGAACGCAACUACCUCUUCCACAGCAGAUGCUCAGAAGAGGAAGAGCAAGUGGGACUCCGCAGUACCAGUGACCCUGGCACAACCCGCCCUCCUCACCACCACUGCCACCCUCCCUGGAGUCGUCUCUGUGACCACAACAGCCAGCGGCACCAAGACCACAGUCAUCUCUGCAGUGGGAACCAUUCUCAAAAAAGCUAAGCAAUGACACAAAAAAAGGCAGGGGGAUUUCACUUCAGUUUGCCAGAUUGAUAGUUAAUGGCCAUUGCACAUGUAAACGUAAUAAGUUCUGCUGUUUUUGCUUGAGCAACAGUUGGUUUUAACGGUCUGGCAACUGGAAUAGAUGGUGUUUUCUCUUUUUCAGAAAGUGGAAAAUUCUGGAUAUAGCUUGUAUUAGACAUCUCUGUUUUCGGUUUUGACUAGCUGUUUCAAAUGCAUUCAUCUGAUGGCUGAUUCUUUGAUUUAAACUGGUUGUCUUUGCUCAGAUGGUUUCCAUUGAAUUCAUGAUUCUUGUAUGUAAAAACGAUCCUGCAGCUGUCAUACGUGUCCGUUGCAGUAAAGUCAUCUGAACUUUCAUGUCCAACGUAAGAAAACUGAAACCUGCAAUAAUUUAUUGCUUAUCAGUAAAUUAGAUUUUUCUUUUCAAUAAUCAUUCAAUGUUUGAUAGAUGCCCAGUCCAGUCUGUCUACUAUUUGUGUUUCCAUUUUCAUGUUUUGGAUCGGUCAUGUCACACAGAACAUUAAUUAAACAUCACCCGAGGAUUCAUUCAGUAUCUUAUUAUAACAAUGACUAAUCAGGGCUAUCUGACUGUAUUAUUGCAUUUAUUAUAAGACACAAAGGGUCUUAUAUUUUGGUGCAAGUUCAUUUUUAACGUUUUUUUCUGUCAUUUCUAUCUUUUUAUUUCAUUUUAGCAAUGCAAGUAGUUUUUUUUUAAACAUGUAUAUAUUAAAAUGACUGGCUUCUCUAUAGCUCAGCAGUGUAGAAAUAAAUGUUUUUUGUAUA